AUGGCAACUAUAACUCAUCAUGAUGAAAGUCUGGGAGAAAGAAAUGAAUUUUUCUACAUGAAUGCAAAUAUGAUUGAUAGCGAACCAUUUUAUAAGAAUUUUACAAUGAUUCAAAAUGGAGAUGAAGAAAAACAAUUAAAUAACGCUAUUCAUUCAACUGAUAAUACAUAUCGAGCUAAUCGUAUUCAAAUAGAACUUUCUAUAUCUGAUCAUAAUCAUUCGAAUGAAAAACUUGAUAUAAAUCAUCAAGAUUCAUCAAAAAUCAUGAAUAAAUCUAUAUGUAAUUUAACAAAAAUUGUUGAAGAUAUUGGUUAUAAUCCUAAAUCACCAUAUAUAUUUUUUUCUCUAAAUAAUACUAACAAUGAACUUUCAAAUACAAUAUUAAAGCUCAAUGAAACUCUUGAACCAUCUGUUAAUACAUGGCGUUCCCAAAUCGAGAAACAACAUUUUCCAAGAUGGCAUCCUGAAAAAUAUGAAUGUUCUGCAUCAAUGAUUCAAUAUAAACCAAUAAUUGAUGUGAAUGAAACAAUAGAAACAUCAGAUGAUAAAAAAUCAAAUAUAAUUAUUCAUCCAUCUGUCUUAAUAAAUAUAAAAUCCAAACAAAUCAAUGAAAAAUUUUUAAAAACUCAAAUUGAACAAAUGUAUGGUAUUGAUGAUAAUGAUGAUUUUGAUACAUCAAAUUCAAUAUUAAGUCGAAGUUCAUCAAUGAAUGAAUUGAAUUCUUCUUCUGAUCAAGUUCUAUUAUCAUCACCGUUAAAAAUAACUGAAAAUGCAGAAUGUAAACAAAAAAUUACUAUUCGUGAAUAUUAUCCAACUAAACAAAUAUCUUCAACUAUGGCUCAUCGGUCAUUAUCAUCUUUUUCAUCUCAACAAACCCUAAAUGAUAAUGAAUAUGAAGAAUUUAUUCAUAAUCAUCCAGAAAUAAAUCAUGAUCAAAAUCCAAAAAUUAUUCAUAAACCAAAUCCAGAUAAUGUAACUUAUAAACAAAAGGUUUCUGUUCGUUAUCUUGUUCCACCAACACCUCCUCCAUCUGGACCAUUAAUUAUUCGAGAAAUUAUUCCUCCACAUCCACCAUCACCUCCACCAUUAAUUAUUAAUCAUGAAGAUACACAACCUAUUACUCCAUCUCCACGUAUUUUCCGCGAAGCUCCACCAACACCACCACCUCAUGAAGAACCUAAAAUUAUAACUAAAAUUCUACCACAAGAACCUCUAUCAUCACCAUAUAUUAUCUUCGAACAUAAGCCUCCGUUACCACCAAAACCUCAAUCAAUUAUUAUCGAAAAAUGGUUACCGUACAAACCACCACCACCACGAGAAGUUAUUUAUGAACGUAUAAUUGAAGCUCCGAUAGUUUCAGAAUUUCAACCAGGUGAUUUAACUAUCGAUCGACAAUGUUAUCAUUCUGUUGAUUUUUAUUCAACAUCAUCAUCAUCAUCUCAUUUACCUAAUACAGUUUAUAGUGAACAUCAAAAUGCUUCUAAUAAUAUACAAUAUCAACAAUCAUCAAUAUUUGAUCAAUUUGCAUGGAUAACACAACAACAAUUAAAAUCAAUAGAACAACAAACUUAUCAACAUUGGAUACCUAAUCAACAACAACAACAACAACAAAUGAAUAUGUUUAUACAAACUCCAGCACAAUUAACAACACCAUUUCUUGUUGUUAAUCAUCCACCAGUUACAAAAACAAUAACAGCAUAUACACAAAGAGAAGAUGUUCAACAACAAUUUUUUUAUACACCAAUACUUAUGUAUCCUUCUUAUACAUAA